GAUCAUGUUCAAGAUGCUUUUUAUCCGUGUAAUCAACAUGUGACCGGAUUUGGGGCAAAGUUUACAAAGGAGGCAGGGUUACCAAGCUGGUUUCGUUUGUGAACGUUUUUGAAGCAACUACGGCGUAGAGUUGGUUUAACGGGGGAGAUCGAGUUUAGAGUGAAUUGAAAUGAAACUAAAAUAUAUGUGCCUGCAUUCUGCGUUGGAUUUGUGGCCGCCCAGUCAUUUUGAGCUUGAAUUUUUCGCUUCUUGGAUUGGGCGCUUGUCCUAUGUUGAAAACCUAGAAAUUGGCCGAAAUGGACUCUCUUCAGCUAAUUAAGCGGUCAGAUAAAAUAAACAAAAUAAAUUAUCAGAGAAUCCAGACUUCUGGUCAUGUCUUUCAUGUGAGUGUGCUUGUACAACAGUACCAAGCAAUUUCUCAGAAAGAAGCCAUGUCACCUUCGGACUAUUUUCUCCACAACAAAUGCACCAAUACUCACAUGUUCAUUGUAUCAGCAAAAACCUGUACGAACAGGAUCAAAGCUGUACCCCAGUCCCUUUUGGGGUACUAGAUUCACACUUGGGCACAAACACUAAAGAUCGGAGCUGUAAGACAUGUGGCAAACCAUUGGCUGAUUGUGUAGGUCACUAUGGCCACAUUGAUCUGGAACUUCCAGUCUUUCAUUUUGGAUUCUUCAGGUCAACAAUUGUCAUUUUGAAAUGCAUUUGUAAGACAUGUUCCAGAGUGCUAUUACCACCUCAAGAAAAGAAACAAUUUCUUGAUCAACUAAGCAGACCAGGUGUCUCAUCUUUAAUGAGGAAGAGCUUGAAGGAAAAAGUUAUGGAAAAGUGCAAAAAGAUAUGUCAUUGUCCAUACUGUGAGGCAAUCAAUGGUUUUGUGCAAAAGAGUGGAAUCAUGAAAAUUGUACAUGAAAAGUACAAAUCAGCCAGGAAGUACAUAGAUCCUGUUAUCUCAGAGUUUCAAGCAUCCUUUGGCUCAGCCAUAGAAUAUAACAAAGAACUGGAAAGUUUUGAAGUGCUGAAUCCAUUAAGGGUUAUCACCCUAUUUGAACAAAUCCCUGAUCAGGACUGCCCUUUAUUGGGGAUGAAACCUGAGCUGGGUAGACCAGAGAAUCUUAUUUUGACACGGUUGCUGGUUCCACCUGUAUGCAUCAGACCAUCUGUGAUCAGUGAUGUACCUGGUGAGAGCUAUGAAGAUGAUCUUACCAGGAAGCUCGAAGAUAUCAUUUCCCUCAAUGAUAUUAUUAGUAAACACAGAGUAACAGGCGCUAAAGUACAGAUGAUAAUGGAAGACUGGGAUUUUCUCCAGCUUCAAUGUGCUUUGUACAUCAACAGUAAAAUGUCAGGGAUUCCUCUUAGUAUGCAGCCUGAGAAAGGCUCCAGAGGAUUUGUGCAAAGACUGAAGGGAAAACAGGGUCAGUUUCGAGGGAAUCUGUCUGGUAAAAGAGUUGAUUACUCCGGACGCACGGUCAUAUCACCUGAUCCCAAUCUUUACAUUGAUCAAGUAGCAGUUCCAGUACCUAUGGCGAAGAUUCUCACUUACCCUGAACGAGUGACAGAGGCCAACAUACAACUGAUGAAGCAGCUGAUAUUGAAUGGAGUUGACAAACAUCCAGGAGCCAACUACAUUCAGCAACGGCAAACAAACAUCAGAAAAUUUCUCAAGUACGGCGACACAAAACAGAUCAUCAAGGAAUUGAAGUAUGGAGAUAUCGUUGAAAGACAUCUGAUGGAUGGAGAUUUAGUACUGAUGAACAGACAACCCUCAUUUCACAAGUGUAGCAUCAUGGCUCAUCAGGCGGUUGUGAGACCACAACUAACAUUCUCUCUGAAUGAGUUUGUAUGCACCCCUUACAAUGCAGACUUCGACGGCGAUGAAAUGAAUAUUCAUUUGCCACAGACAGAGGAAGCUAAAGCUGAAGCGCUGACACUUAUGGGGGUCAAAUCGAAUUUAGUAACGCCACGGAAUGGAGAACCUCUCGUAGCGCCCAUACAGGAUUUUAUUACAGGGGCUUAUCUGCUGACACAGAAAGAUGUCUUCCUUGAUCGGAGCCAAAUCUCACAGCUGUUGGCCAAUAUCCUGGCUGGGAAAGACGUGAACAUCAAAAUCAAUCUUCCGCCUCCAGUAAUACUUAAGCCAGUGAAAUUGUGGACUGGAAAGCAGGUAUUUAAUGUCAUACUGAGACCGAACAAGGACAUGGGAAUCAAAUUGAAUCUUCGCACCAAAGGAAAACAGUACACGAGCGGAGAGGAUCUUUGUUUUAAAGACUCUUAUGUGGUGAUUCACAACAGUGAGUUGAUGUGUGGUGCGCUGGAUAAAGCUGUGCUGGGUUCUGGCUGUAAGAACAGUAUCUUCUAUGUGCUCCUCAGAGACUUCGGUGGUCAGGCUGCCGCAGAUGCCAUGUGGAGAGUAGCAAGGGUUUGUUCAUUCUACCUGAGUAACAGAGGGUUUUCUAUUGGUAUUGGUGACGUCACGCCUGGCCACGGACUUCAGCAGGCAAAGGAUGAACUUCUCGAUAACGGUUACUCCAAGUGCGACAGCUUCAUUCAGGGUUUUAAAGGAGGCAAGUUGCAAACACAGCCAGGGUGUAGCGCAGACGAUACUCUUGAGGCUGUUAUUCUGAAAGAGCUUUCUGUCAUAAGAGAUCACGCUGGAAAAGCUUGUCUACGCGAGCUGCACAAGUCCAACAGUCUUCUAACAAUGGCGGUAUGUGGUUCGAAAG